AUGUCAACCCAGCCACUUACAAACAUUGACAUGGAGAACAAAAACAACAACAGGCGUGGUGCCUGUGACCGGUGCCGCGGGCAGAAGCUAAGAUGUGUCGGUGCUGCAGAUCCCAUGGUCAUUUCGGGCAGUCGCUUUCAGCGUAAUCAGAUUCCCUGCGAGCGUUGCAAAAGGGCCAAGGUCGACUGUUACAGCGUCAGACCUGUGUCCAGACGCCCGGGAGCCGGCUUUGACCAGAACGAGGAGCGUCAAGCCAACGGGCCUCAAUCAAACGGUAUUGGACCAACAACGCAACCAUCACAAUGCACUGCAACCAACCCUGCGGGCGUAAACCAUCGACCUCCCGAGCCGAUCCCAGUCGCCGAAUCUCAGCAAAGAUGCGACGGCACGUACCGAGAUGGUCUCGAUUUGAACAUAUCAUCCAUGCUGCCAACCAGCUCUGCUGAAUGGGCAAUGUAUACACACGAUGAAGACCAUGAUAUGGAUGUUCAAGACUUGGACUUGGCGACCCCGGUUUGGAUGCUUGACCAACAGAGAAACACUGGCCAGAAUGCUUGCUCCGAUCAGUCGUACAGGGACAGCGAGCUCGAUCUGACAACGAGCAGGGCCGGUUGGAAAGAAUUUAAUUCCAAUAAAAGCGAUUUCGGCACAGCAGAUUACCAAGCUCGCAGCUUCGCCAAUCUCUCACGGCAAUCUAUGUUUGAAUCGAACGAAUACGACCGUGCUGGGAACCAUAAGCAACAAGCGCCAUCAAAGCCUACCAAGACCCCCUCUGAGCCAUCGACGAAAACCUAUAUCCAAGAAUUGGCAAAGUUCAAUGAAAUGCUUCUCCGCGAAAAGGGAUCUUACGAGGAUACGGCACCCGGCCGAGGCCAGCAACGAUCAGUCGGUCAAACGCUACAUCAUUGCCAGCAUUUCUUGUCGAUAUUGAGGCGGCUACGCCCAUCCUCUUGCAACCCCGAUUCAAAUGAAUUUGCCUCGGAAUGGUCUUAUAGCACCGAAGAGGGGAGGCUAGAGGACACGCCAUACGCGCCGCCUUCGUCGCGGCAAAGCACUCAGAACGACACGCCAUCCACUGCAUCCUCUAUUGACUCUCCUCUUGAGGUUUCUACACUUUUAUCAAUUCUUUCUUGCUACACGUAUAUUCUUCAGUCGUACGAAUCCUUGUUCACUCCCAUCCUGGAUUCUAUCACGAGCUCAACACCUACAGUACCGGCUACCUUGGCCGGUCUCCACCUCGACGGGUUUGAGCUAGAUGGCUACAAUAGCCUCCAACUAGAAUGUCUUCUGACAAUCAGCCUGGGUCUAUUAGAAAGAAUAGACCACAUCCUGACUGGCGCGCCUGGUGGGCAAACAGACCAACAUCAUGGCGGAGGACUCCUCAGCAACAAGCUCUUCAGUGGCUUGCUUGAAGCAUUGCGUGAUCAAAAUGGGCCAAGUGCGUUGAAAAGUCCUGGUAAUGAAAAACGAGAAGUAAAAGCAAAACGGUUGAUUCGGGAUAUUCAAACAAGCUUGAGACGACUGGAUCAAUAA